AGAGAAAUAUUUAUAGAAAAAAAAAAACGAUAAGUAUAUUGGCCACCUUCAGAUGCCCAUGUUCAAAUCGAGAAACUGGAUGAGAAGAAACAAUGCGACGUAGACAGACAACGUUUCACGUAGUUGCGCGUGAUUAAUCUUCAUUUUCAAAGAAUGUCGCGAUACGUACAAUGCACCGAUACAUAGACGCGGAAGACGACGACGGGAUUAUCGUCGGUCACGACCAUGAGGAGGCAGAACGACAGGUAGUACGUAAUCGGACCGCGCGAUUUUAUGCCGACGACGAGUCACCGUGAGCCGAGAUUUGGCUAAGACAGGUGGGCGUGUCGCGGCGAGACAGAAGAGAUGAUCAUAAGGGAAUUGAUGAUCUUGGCCCUGCUCCUGGGACUCCUGUCAGCGGUGGACCAAAAUGGCGGCCAGGUCGUCGGCCAGGACGCAGUGGUGGUGGCGACUGCGGCAGUGUCUGAUAACUAUUUUAUUUCUGGUGACCUAUCUCAAAAGGUCACGCGGUUAGUGCCACGAAGGUCACCAAUGUUGCCGCAGGACAGCGCCGCGACGACGGAUCUAGCGAUGCAGAGCAGAGCAAUCUACAAACGAUUCAACUUUGAUGUCAAAGAGGGCGAGCCCAAGGGUACUGUAGUCGGCACGAUACCGAUGGAAGAUACUUAUACCUACAGGAUUAACGAACCGCCCCAAGAAUUUGAUUUCGAUCCGAAAACUGGCGAAAUAAGAACAACCAAGAUACUCGACCGUGAAGCUUUAAGCAGCGAUCAGUUUGACUUCGUUGUGCUGUCAAGUAAACCGACCUAUCCAAUCGAGGUGCGAAUUGUGGUGACUGACAUUAACGAUAAUAGUCCGGAAUUCCCAGAGCCUAGCAUCGCGGUGAGCUUCUCGGAAUCAGCUGUGACCGGCACUAAGCUUCUGCUGGACGCUGCGACGGAUCGAGAUACACCAAAGAACGGUGUGGUAGACAAAUAUUUUAUUGUAAACGGUAAUACAGAGGAAAAGUUUCGUUUGGAAGUCACCGGCAGUCCCACUGGUGAGACAAAAUAUCUGCACCUAGAGACCACAGGCAAGCUGGAUCGUGAGCAAGUGGAGUUUUAUUCUUUAAACAUUUGUGCGGAAGACCUCGGCCAACCACCGCGCUUGGGUUACCUGUUAGUUAAUGUGACAGUGUUGGAUGUAAACGAUAAUCCACCUGUAUUUCCCCUGACUGAUUACGUAGUGACAUUGAACGAAAGCGCACCAGUCGGUACGAAAGUCUUGACUGUGCAUGCCACCGACAAGGACUCGGAAGACAAUGCUAAAUUAACAUAUUAUUUGCCGGAUAACGAGAGAAAGUUCAUGAUCGAUCCAGAAACUGGAACAAUUACGACGGCAGAACCAUUGAGAUGUCAUCAACAAAGCUGUGUACCUCCUGGCAGCAGUUGUCCUAAAAGCUGUGUUAUUACGGUCUUCGCCCGUGAUCAUGGUUCACCUAGGCAAGAUGGCCGCACGUACGUAACGGUGAACCUGUUGGACGCGAACGAUCACGAUCCUGUGAUCAAGUUCAGCUAUUUGCCAGUGACCGCGACUUUUGCUACUGUUGAUGAAAAUGCUCCCAAGGAAUCAAACGUUGCAGCAAUAGCAGUGAUGGACGAUGAUGAGGGACUCAACGGUGAGACCAGCGUGGAAAUACGCGGCGGCAACGAGUUAAACCACUUCAUGUUGUACAACACGCAACAGGGCUUUGAUGUUGUGCGAGUUAACGGUCGAUUGGAUCGCGAAGAAAUACCUAAGUACAAUCUCACAAUAGUCGCAAUUGACAAAGGUACGCCGCCCAGAUCAGCGACCGCUUACCUUGUGAUCUAUGUAAAUGAUGUUAACGAUCAUGAGCCGGUAUUCCAGCAGAGCGAGUAUUCAGCGGUGUUGUCGGAACUCGCGCCAAUAGGUAGUUUUGUUACCAGCAUCACAGCUACGGACGCAGAUUCUGGAUUAAAUGCACAAAUUUUUUACGAAGUCUGUUCGGGCAAUGAACAAGGCUGGUUCGCCAUGGAUAAUAAGACUGGUUUAGUCACUACUGUAGCCACCUUAGAUCGCGAGAUUCAGGGCAGCAUCGAAUUAUACGUGUCAGCGUUGGACGGUGGCCCAAAUCCCAAGUACGCGAGCACGCAUCUUAAAGUGACAAUUCUCGACGAGAACGACGAGGCGCCGCGCUUUUCUGAAAAUAUCAUCGAGGUCACGUUAUCAGAAAAUAUUCCACCUCACAGUCUAGUAGCUACUCUUAGCGCUAUCGACAAUGAUCAAGGUACCAACGGUAGCGUCGCGUAUAGUUUUCACUCCAGUGUUUUGCGCGAUUAUCCUAAAACUUUUGCAUUGGAUGCUCUAACGGGUCAGUUGACAACGGUGACCAAUUUGGAUCGAGAGACUGUGGCAGACUAUAAAAUUCUAGUAAUAGCGAAGGAUCAAGGCACACCGGUGCAAUCUUCAACUGCAACCGUGUUAUUAACACUGGAGGAUGUCAACGACAACUCGCCAAUUUUCUACCCCUGGAAAUAUCUAAUGCCCAUCUCUGAAAACGCUCCACCGGGUACGAUGAUAGGCAAAGUUACCGCCACUGAUGCCGAUGCUCGAGAAAAUUCUCAAGUGAGAUAUUCCUUGGAGUCCGGUGGCGAGGGUCUUUUUGUAGUAGAUGAAAAAACCGGUGAAAUUGCUCUUCAAGGUUCUCUGCGAGCUGCGCACAAAACUUUGUACGAGCUAAUCAUCUCGGCAAAAGACACCGGUGACCGAGUGGCGGCCAAAAAUGCCAUGGUAGAAAUUAUUCGCAAAGAGGAUUUGGAACAUCUCGAAUUCAACACCUACAACGGCUACGAAUUCCGUAUUUCCGAAGAUCGAGGCGACUGCGAUUCCAUACCGUCUGGAUUCCACCGAGAUGUCGGCACGGUACAUGUUUCGGAAUAUGGUAAUAUCGGUAAAGUGAGCUAUGCUAUUGUGUACGGCGACCCGAAGGGUAAUUUCAAGAUCGACGAGAGUAGCGGCACUAUUAGUACUGCCAGUUGCCUGGAUCGCGAACGUAUCAGUUCUUACAGUCUGCAACUAUCAGCGCGCGCCAACCUUGCGUACGGCCAGACGACUGUCAACAUUACCGUACUGGAUGUCAACGACAACUCGCCACGGUUUCCCAAAGAGGAACGAGGCGAUGAGAUCUUCCUGCGAGAAAACGCGGCGGUGGGUCAAGAAGUGUGUUUGGCUCGAGCCCGAGAUCGUGACGCUGGCGCAAACGCUAGAAUCACUUAUUCUCUAACACACAAUCCAGAUAGGCAGUUUAGAGUUGCCGAGAACUCAGGUAUUAUUUAUUUAGAUAAACCAAUCCGUUCGGCACCCGGCACGAUUCUUUAUUUAGAAGUAACGGCAACCGAUUCCGGUAGCCCGUCAUUGUCCGCUCAGCAUCAGAUCAGGGUGACAAUUGAAGACGUCAACGAUCAUACGCCGGUCUUUCGAUUAACUAGUUAUGAAACUUCUCUGCCAGAGUCUACGCCGGUCAAUGAACGUUUCUUCUCGUUGACGGCUCACGACGCAGACCUUGGCUCUAAUAGCAGGAUAUUAUACAGCAUCACCGAUGGCAAUGCCGAGGGUCGUUUCGGGAUCUUUCCUGAUGGCCAACUCUACGUGAAAAACGCGCUUGAUCGCGAGGAGCGUGACUAUUACGCGCUCGAGGUAACUGCAUGUGAUCAAGGUAGUCCCUCACGGAGUUCCGUUGUUCCUUUAGUGGUACAUAUAAUCGACGAAAAUGACAAUGCGCCCGAAUUCACCAACAGCAGUUUCAUCUUUCAUUUGCGCGAGAACGAACCGCCCGACAUUUUCGUCGGCAAAUUACUGGCAACCGAUCGUGACGUCGGUCGUAACGCCGAUCUUAUAUUCUCGUUACCGGCUACUCAGCAGGACUUCGUAGUUGAUCCAAAAAACGGUUUUAUCAAAUCGCUACGCGUGUUUGAUCGCGAACUCUUAGUAACAAACACCGGCAGCAGCUAUAUUAAUUUGGAGGCUACUGUCACCGACAAUGGCGUUAAUCGUCUUCGUGACCGCGUCAAGGUCACCAUCUACAUCACCGAUGUCAAUGAUAACGUGCCGCAAUUCCAACGAUUGCCUUAUCGAGUGCAGGUGAGCGAAGGCGCCAUAAUUGAUACGCAGCUAUUGAGAGUGUACACAACUGAUAGUGACGAAGGUUUGAAUGGUGAUGUUUUCUACUCGCUGGAGGACGGCAAUCAGCACGGUCAUUUUAUGAUAGACGAAGCCACCGGCCAGAUCUCGCUAGUGAAGGAACUCGAUCGUGAAACAUCUGAUACCUAUGUGCUGACUGUCGUGGCACAUGAUGCCGGCCUGGAGACGCGUCUAUCAUCCAGCGCAACCGUUCAUAUCGACGUGCUCGACGAGAACGACAAUACACCACGUUUUGUUGACAAUAAGUCGCAAAUCUCCGUACUCGAAACUACUCCAACUAAUACCGAACUGUUGCGAUUCAAAGCUACUGACAACGAUCUCGGGGCAAAUAGCGAGUUAACGUUCACUAUAUCGGCCGGUAACAAGAAAGACGCUUUCUACAUCGACCCGUUGACCGGUAUUUUAUAUCUGAAAAAGCCACUAGAUUACGAAGAAUUACCUCGACACAGGUUGAAUGUCACCUGCAACGACGGCGGUCAUCCAAAGCUGAGCUCGGUCACCACUCUGACUGUUGAAGUAAUUGACACCAACGACAAUCCGCCAGUGUUCCCGAACACCGCAAUAGUACGUCAGAUACGUGAAGGUAUUCCUGUGCGAACACCCAUCGUCACCAUUAUUGCCGAAGAUCCGGAUUCGGACGAUAACGGUGAAGUUAGCUACUCAAUUCUAAGCCAAGAUCCGGAAGAUCAAGUGCGGCGUUUUGAUAUUGAUCCUACGACCGGCGUGAUUCAAACGUUACAGUUGAUUGAUCGCGAAGAGGUAGAUACCUUCAAGCUGGUGGUGGUUGCGACUGAUAAGGCGCAACCGCCAAGUGCUCGUCUGUCUGCCGAGAAAGUGGUAAUCGUGAUCGUUGAAGAUGUGAAUGACAACGCGCCGAUCUUUAUCAGUAUGUCAGCGGUUGUGUUGCCAUCUUUAAAUACCAAGAAUUUCAAUCGUCAUCAUUCCCUAACUAAAGAAGUUAUGAUCACUCAACUGGUUGCUCGCGAUCUCGACUCAAGCACUAACGGUUUGGUGACAUACGAAUUACUUCGGUCCAGCGUCAAAUAUUCGGACAUGUUCAAAAUUCACCGUAGUACCGGUGUGUUGACCAUGAGACUCCCACAAUCGACUUCGAAGAACGAAAGUCGUUCUUUUGAACGGAUAUUCAAAUAUCAGGUGGGUGUUAGAGCGACAGAUGAGGCGGUCCAAACAGACCGUCGCUCAUCAGAGACCUAUGUGACGUUGAUCGUACCGGGCGAAAACAACGACGAUCAGCCGAUCUGGGAACAUCGGAGUCAGAUCGAGGGCAGCGUUUACGAGAACGAGCCGGUUGGCACCAGUAUCUUGCAAGUGAGCGCGCGUAGCCGUCAUACUAACAUCGAGAUUGAGUAUUACGUGACGAACGUGACCAGCGGGGGCGGACCUGGGAACGGGCCUCAGGUUGAGCGGCUGUUCGACGUCGACAUGAAGACCGGCGUGCUGUCUACCGCUGCCCAACUUGAUCGCGAAACCGGUGCUCGGUGGUACGAGGUAGAGCUGUACGCCAUAGGUAUAGGCGGCACCAGGCCCAGUACAACGUUCACCAAA